AUGUCUCAACGCAACUCUUCUCGACAACCAUCAUCGGCCGAGAAGGAAUGGCUUCUCGUAGGUCAUCAAUGGAUAUCACCCCUAUGGUAUGAAACCAUUUGGUCCAUCAUUGAAGGAGUUCUCACCUUGAUUCUCUAUCCUUUGUGUUUGUUUGUUGGUUUGGCUAGUUUUGUGUUUUAUCACUUGUUCAAGAAGAAAGGAAAAGAAUUAUUUAAAUUUAAUGCCAAUCCCUACCAUGGAUAUGACACUAUUUUCUUGAAUGGAGCUUCGAGUGGAAUUGGAAAGAGCAUAGCUUUGGAGUUGGCCAGAAAUUUCGCAAAGAGAAAGAAUCAAAAGAAAUUUACAUUGGUGAUUUCUGGAAGAAAGCAACAAGCUCUCGAAGAAGUGAGACAACAAUGUCUUGAUAUUAUCAAGAAGGAAUCAAAUCAUCCUGAAGAGGAUUAUGAAAUUCUUAUUCGAUUAUGCGACGUGACAGAUGCCGAGAAAGUCAAAGAGUAUCUUUCUGAAUUUGACUUUGAUUUGAAGUAUACCUCGUUGGAAAAGCUUAAAGUCGAUUUCAAGUGUUGGGACACAAACAUGACAGGUUGUACAAAUGUUGUUUUUCCAGCAUUGGAAAAGAUGAUGGAACAAAACGAAAAAGGAAAUAGCAAACGACGACACAUUGUUUUAACAAGCUCAGGAACAGGCUAUUUCCCCGAGUUGGGGUUGUAUCCAAUUGCAAAAGCAGCCUUGAUCAAUAUGGGCCGAUUCCUCCGAGCCAAGCUUGAUAACAGUCAUACUCAUAACAAUAUUCGAGUUUCUGUUUUCGUUCCUGGCUGGGUGUCUACCAAUAUGGCAGACAAAUUCCCUCAAAAGGGUGCUCAAGUAGGUAUGAUUUCUUCUGAAGAAGCUGCACGAUUGGCAUGCUCUGGCAUUGAACAUGAUUUGGAGAUUAUUGACAUUUGUGGAUUUUGGGGUGUCGUGCUAAGAGUAUUGUUGAAAUUCCCUUACACCUUGGGUUCACCAUUGAUUCGAAUGAUGGUUUAA